AUGGGCUCAUCAUCCAAGAAGAAGAAGGAAAAGAAGCAAGACUUCCAAAAGCCCAAGCUCAAGGUUGGAAAGGCUCGUCCUAAGAACACAAAUGCCACCGAUACCAGCUUCUCUGCGAAAUCGAUCGUGCUCAAGCAGCAGAACCUGAGCGAGUCCGGACGAGAUGCGAGUACCUUAUUCAGCCACAACCUGUCUCUCUUGAGCAGCAAGAACGAUGUGCAGCGCCGUGAUGCUCUCACGUACCUGACCGCAGCCGUUGCUACCAAUCUCGAUGGUCUGCCACAACCUCUUUCCACGGUCCUUGGCAAAGCUCAACCUCUGAUACUCGAUGGCAACUCUUCCGUGCGCCAGCAGCUGUUGAAGCUGCUAAAAGUUCUGCCAAAGGAUGAGAUCGGGUCCUUGGAGCAGACACUGCUCUACACUCGGGCGGGGCUCACGCAUCUCUCCACCGACAUCCGCUUGACUGCUCUCGAUGUCCUGGACUGGCUGUUGGAGACGAACGGGCAUGCUGUGAUGAGUGUUGCAGGAAGCUGGAUCAAGACGCUGCAGACAUUCCAGAAUCUGCUCUCCUGGCAGAAUGUGCCCACCGCCACUCCAACACCGACGGAUGGGAACUGGUCAUCCGCAAAGUCAACUUCAAACCUGGGCAGCAGCAAGUUGCUUGUCCAUCAGCUGAACAGCCUCUCUCACUUCUUGUCAACCGGCCUCACCAAAUCGCCGCCCGAUCCAAGCGCACAGCAACGUCAAGCUGCUGCGUGCUUCCCACUUCACCAGACCAGCGCUCACUUAUUGCUCACCAAGAGUAACUCUUUCGCUCACUUGAACCUGUUCGGUGCUCCACGAGACGUGGAGAGUGAGGUUUAUGAGGACGCGGAAGAACGAGUGAACAUCUUUGUCGACAUGAAGAUGGAUUCAGCGUUUCGGCAUGGGGUCAGCGAGGUGAAGAGGGCUGGUGGUGAGGUUGGUAGAGCGGCAGCAAUGGUUGAUAAGGCGCUCAAACUCGUCGAAGUGAGCUGA